AUGGCUGAAAGUGGCAGGGUGGGCUGCGUGCAGACAAGGACCGGCACCAUAGACAAGAAUGCGGCCAAGGAGGAGGGUGAGGCCGCGAUCUUGCAAGCGCUCAUUCAACUACCGACCGGCGGGACUGCGCAAGCGCCCGACUUCACGCCUGCUUCCUGGUCCAAGGCUCAGUCCAAUCAGGCUCCGCCUCGUCUGGCGCCGCGCGUCAUCGGGCGCCCCUCAGUCUCUCGCCUCCGCCGCCGCUGGUUGUACGAUGGUCCGUUCGCCGCCAGGGAUCGCUCCGUUCAUGCUGCAGCCGCUGCAUCGUUAUUCACCUCCGCCGCCAGAUGCUCCGUCGCCGCCAUUGCCAACGAUGAUUCCGCCGUUGUCUGCGGCAGCAAGGAGAAGUCGUGUCUAGCGGAGACCUUCAAAGACUCUACAGGACUCUACACGCUGAAAGGCGGCUGCUUCAAAUUUGUUUGUGUUGGUUUUGUGUUUGAAUCUUGUUUAAAGGUGUUUCGUUCCUACGAAGUGGAGUCUACAGCUGCAAGUAUUUCUGCAGACUUCGAACGAGUGCUGGCUUGCUUUGGUAUCUCUGAAAACACUGUAGCCAAGCUACUAUCAGUACAGGAAAACUGGAUAUGGGAUCAAUGCAGAGAGAACAAACACCAGCUCAUGAUAACGAAAUACGGCAAGCACAAUUUGGAAGACCCAUACAUGGAUGUCAAGGAACAGACCAAGCCAUCAAGUUGCCGAAAACUGUUGCCCUUUCUGUUCAUUCAGCUGAUACUCAGCAUGCUGAUUUUUGCUUACAUCCGAAAUGACUGGCAAACAGACUUUGGGCUCGCCAUGUACCCCACACUCGAACAACUGCAACAACACGAAACAAGCACCCCUAUUGACAGGGGACUCCCAGAGGUCACCAUCCUGAUAUGGACUUGGCCCUUUGGGCAGUCAUUUGACCUUCCCAAAUGCUCCUUGCUCUUUGAUGUUCGAGACUGCCGCUUCACCACUGACCGAAGCUGGUAUGCCAAGGCUGACGCGGUUGUCAUACACCACAGAGAUGUAUGUUACUCCAAAAAUCUCCCCCCAAACCCAAGACCGCCUUCCCAGCACUGGAUCUGGUUUAAUUUGGAGUCUCCCAGCAACUCCCCCAAUCUGGGUUUCAUGGAUAACCUCUUCAAUCUCACCAUGUCGUACCGGAGAGACUCAGGAAUAUUCAGCCCUUAUGGGUGGCUGGAAGUCCUUGAUCAGCCACAGAACAUCACCAUCCCACCCAAGUCUAAGCUGGUGGCUUGGGCUGUCAGCAACUGGAACCCAAGCUCCCGCCGGGUGCAAUACUACCAGGAGCUGAAGAAGUACAUGCAGGUUGACGUUUAUGGACGGCAGCACUUGCCUCUCCCUCGGGACAAGCACCUUUCCACUUUAACCCAGUAUAAAUUCUACCUAUCCUUUGAGAACUCCAUCCAUGAAGACUACAUCACCGAAAAGCUCUGGAACAAUGCCUUUUCCUCGAUGGCCGUUCCCAUCGUCUGUGGCCCACCACGGAAGAACUACGAGCGCUUCGUGCCCCCGGACUCCUUUAUCCACAUCGAAGACUUCCCCUCUGCACAAGAAAUGGCUCGUUUUCUACAAGAACUGGACAAAGAUGAUGUGCGGUACCAGAGUUACUUCCGUUGGCGGUCGUGGCUGAAACCCGUCGGGGACAAGGGUUGGAGUACUCACUACUGCAAGGCAUGUAGGGCUUUACAAAAAAAACCUGUUCAGUACACAGCUGUGCCGGAACUGAGCAAGUGGUUCAAAUGA